GCAAACAUCAUUGUCCUCUUUAUACACGGGCGCUCGACAGACAAGAGGAAAACACUUAUGCACUUCACUACACUGCUUUUUAUAGACUAUGUUUUGCAGUAGCCUGACACAGAUACACACAGCGACUUUUCGUUCAUAUUUUUUUCAUGAACCUUAAUUCGAUUUAUUAAAAUAAUAAUAAUAAUAAUAAUAAUAAUAAUAAAAAUUAAAAAAUAAAGCAUAUUUAUUUUUCACAACCCAUCACCCGAACAAUAAUGCCUGAGUUCAUAUCUGUGGAGGAUUUCAUCGCUGAGACUUUGGAGGACUACAGCUCUCCAACAACCUCCUCCUUCAUCACGAGGAUGACAAGUUGCAGGAAUUCUGUUAACAAUAUUGAAGAGGUUUUGGACUGUGACCGUGCAGUGUUGCAGAAAAUGAAGAAAGCUUCCAAAGCCAAGCAUGCCUCUGGUCAAGACCACAUAUCACAUUUUGAGCUGUAUAUCAACUCCAUGGAGAAACUAGCUGUCAAUUUCCGUAACAAUGGAGAGCAGGAAGUGGCCUCUGCCUUUAAUAAGUUUGCUGAAUUCUCCAAAGAGCUUCUGACACCAAUGAAGAACUUGUUAAAGAGCAUGCUUCACAAUAUCAACUUCUUCCUGGACUCACUGGUGAAAGGGGAUUUGAAAGAGGUUAAAGGUGAUUUGAAGAAGCCUUUUGACAAGGCAUGGAGGGAUUAUGAGAGUAAAUUCAAUAAGAUAGAGAAGGAGAAGAGGGAGCUGGCAAAACAGUACGGCAUGGUCAGGACAGAGGUGAGAGGUGGAGAGAUUGCAGAGGACCUAGAGAAGGAACGUCGAAUGUUUCAGCUGCAGAUGUGUGAGUACCUCAUUAAAGUGAAUGAAAUUAAAAGCAAGAAAGGUGUGGAUCUGCUCCAGAACCUCAUAAAGCACUACUACUCCCAGGACAAUUUCUUUCAGGAGUGCUUUGCUGCCACAGAGAAGCUGAAGCAGUACAUUGACACCCUCAGUGGAAAACUCAGCUCUAUGAAGCAAAGUCAGGAUGAAGAGAAGAGGCAGCUGUUUUCUCUCAGGGACCAGCUAAGAUCUGCCCUGCAGCCUGAACUUAAGGAGGAUUCCUUAUCUAAACAAACUGUGUACAGCAUGCACCAACUUCAAGGCAACAAGCAAUAUGGAACAGAUAAAUCAGGCUACCUCUAUAAGAAGAGUGAUGGGUUGAGAAAGAUGUGGCAGAAAAGGAAGUGCACUGUGCAGAAUUGCUAUCUCACCAUUGCUCAUGGAACUCCACACAAAUCACCAGCCAAACUGAACCUCCUGACCUGCCAGGUUAAACCCAAUUUGGAGGACAAGAAAUGUUUUGACCUCAUCUCUCAUAACCGCACUUAUCACUUUCUCGCAGAGGAUGAACCUGACUGUGUAGCGUGGAUUUCGGUGCUGACUAACAGUAAGCAACAGGCACUGAAUGUGGCUCUGGAUGAGCACAAACAGAGUGGAGGGAGCAGCGUGGAGGAUCUGACCCGGGCGAUCAUUGAGGACAUCCUCCGUAUGCCGGGUAACAACGUCUGCUGCGACUGUGGUGCUCCAGAGCCAACAUGGAUCUCUACAAACUUGGGUAUCCUGACUUGUAUCGAGUGCUCAGGGAUCCAUCGGGAGAUGGGCGUCCAUUACUCUCGCAUCCAGUCUCUCUCUCUGGAUACACUGGGCACAUCUGAACUCCUGCUGGCAAGAAAUGUAGGGAACUCAGGGUUUAAUGAAAUUGUGGAGGCCAGUCUCCGCAGUCCAUCUUUGAAACCAUCAGCAGAAAGUGACAUGUUGGUACGUAAAGAGUUCAUCCUGGCUAAGUAUUUAGAGAGUCAGUUUGCUCAGCACCGAGGCAGAUCCCCGGACACCCUGCGCAGGCAGUUACAGGAAGCCAUACAUGCACGUGACAUCUUCAGCCUUCUGCAGCUGUACACAGAAAAGCUUGACCUCAGUCUGCCUGUGCCCAGCCCACGGCAGGAAAAACGGGAGACUGCACUUCAUCUGGCUGUCUUAUUGGCUGACCGGACCUCACUGCACAUGGUGGACUUCCUGGUACACAACUGUUAUAAUCUAGAUGCUCAGACUUUGAAGGGAAACACUGCAUUGCACUACUGCUGUCUGCACAAUAAAACAGAGUGCCUGAAGCUCCUGCUGAAGGCCAAAGCCAACACACAUAUCAAAAAUGAAAAUGGUGAGAUGGCUCUUGAUAUUGCUCGAAGACUGAAGCACACUCACUGUGAAGAGCUGAUCCAGCAGGCUCAGAAUAAUCAGUUCAACAUGCACAUUCACGUUGAGUAUGAGUGGAAACUGCGGCAAGAUGACUGGUAUGAAAGCGAUGAUGACCUGGAAGAUAAGACAGGUCCUGUGAAAAAGGACCGCGUUGUCCGUCCAUUCAGUGUGUACCAGACCAGCAGUUCAUCUCAUAAUCGUGCAGGAGGAGGAGGAGGAGGGGGAAUCUUCAGUGUAGGCCGCAAGCUGCCUAUGUCACGAAGCGAGAACAAGCAUGACGUAUAUGCCGCUCCCUUCCCACAGACACGGAGCUUGGAAAGUCCUCCACCUCCUCCACCAUCUUCACCAGCACCUCCUCUGCCCCCAAGAGUGAGAGCACCAAACAUCCCUCCACCUCCCCCUCCUGUGAGUCCUCCAGAUUGCAGGAGUGAGGUCAUUUUCAGUACAAAGAGAACUCCUCCUCCUCCUCUAGUGAUUCGACAUAAGCGGACCUAUUCCGAGCCCUCACCUCAGGUGCCUCACAGCCCCCAUGGAGACUGCUGCUCUCCAAACGCUGAUUACAGAUUGCCAGCAAGUCCUCGAAGCUUUAGUGUUCAAGAUUCAUCUUUUCAGAAGUGUGGCUCGGGAUCUCCAAAAUGCACUGCACAAGUGACGACACUCAACGCACUGUCUGAGCUGCCAGAACCGAGCUUUCAGGCAGAUGAUGAAAGUCUCACUUCCUGCUUCCUGUAUUCAACUGUACAGAGCAGCUGCAGCUCUGGGCAUCAAGGCCCAGCUCUCUCCCCUACUUCCCCUCGCUCUCUCAGCCUAGACUCUAAUGGUAGCUCCACAUCCUCUUGCCAUAGCACCCCAUACCCACUGCCCAGACAAAGCAUGAAGUCGAAGCUGAGACGGGUGAAAGCCAUGUAUGACUGUGUGGCUGAUCAUCAUGAUGAGCUUACUUUCAGUGAGGGGGAGGUACUGGUGGUUCUAGCAGAAGAAGAUGCUGAUUGGUGGCAUGGCUACGUUGAGGGACAGCCAAAAAAUACAGGCCUGUUUCCUGCAUCUUUUGUAUCCAUAUUGUCAGAGUAACACAGUGGGAGACAAAUCAAGGAAUGAAGAAACCCUAGAAGGUGCCUGAGGAGAGGAUAAAAGGCCUCAUGAUUAUAAAUAUUCACAAAUAACACUAUGUAACAAUUGUCUAUACCCAAAGAAAUCAAGAAGAAGGAUAUUAAUACCAUCAGACUCUUUGUUUGUGAGCAUAUUUUUUUUUUUCUGACUUUAUGUGAAUGAAAAGUCAUAAAUUCUCCAGUGUUCUGGAGUGUUCUGGAUUUGAGGGGAAUAAUAGCAGUUUUGUAUACUUUUACAGCAUAAGCAAUUAGGAAAUAACACUUACUACCCAGGAACAAAAAGAAAAUGGUGGUCACUUAGUGAGAAUCAGUAUUAAAUGCACAGGCACACAUCAUGGGCCAUAAAUACUAUAAAUCACAGAGUAAUUUAUAAUGGCUGACAUUUCCAUCAAUUAUGGUUUAAAGGGGUUAAGGGAGGCAUAGUAUUAUCAGCUGUUCAGUUAAAAGUAUUGCUGUUUGUGACCAAAACCUAACAGGAUGGUGCAUUUUUAGGUGAUUCUACAUUAAUGCUCAGUAUACAAUAAAAAAAACACACACACACAAAAAAGCAUAUAUGAUCAGUUUUUAAUUUAUUAUUAUUAUUAGCAUUAUUUGUAGCAUUUGAUGGCAAGAAAAUUACUGCUUCUCUGACAUUUAUCUGAGUGCUAACACAUACUGGCAUUCUCAUUAAAUUGGGGCACUCCUACUUAAUACAUAAAGCUUACUGGUUCUGGUAAUGUCAUAUAAUCAGUUUAAAUGGCACUAGAUAUUGUGACAGUGUAAAAUUCUAUCUCAUAGAACAUUUUAAAGAAAAUUUAAUUGUGUCUCAUAAGCCUAGUUUGUGCCCUCGACACUGGAGAGCUAUGUAUCAUCUAUGACUACUGUAUGUCCAAAGAUGUAAAAUCAUUAAUCAUAUAAAAGUAACCUGAAUUGUCAUUAUAACUAUACGCAUCCAAUGAUUGUCUCAUGAUUGCUCAAUGAUGUCUUUAAUUGUAUAUAUGAAUUAAAUUAAAGUAUUAGUUUUAUGUGAACUUUUUUAGGCCCAUUCAAUUCAAGUAAACUCCUAAAUUCAAUUCAAAGAAAUGUAUUUUUUUUUCAUGGAUGAAUCUAUAGCAAAGAUAUACUGCUCUCAUGCUUUCCUGAGGAUUAAACAGGACCCUGUGAUGACACAAGAUUUAAGAGAUCUGUUUAUGCCUUGAGUUGUUGUUUUUUUUUUAUCUGAUUAAAAAAAGCCUUUUUUUCUGUAUAGAAUUUAUGCUCUGGGAGACAGGAACCUAUUCACACCUCAGAACUUGUAUAUGUACUAUGUGUAUUUAAAUGUUGUGUAUAGAAAUUAGGACAAAUUGCUGGGCCAGUAGUUUAAAAAGUAAUGUUUGAACUGCAUUAUUUUAUAAAUAACAAGCUACCAAGAUGUGUGAUUUACUUCUUUAUUUUUCUACUUGCACACUUGAGUACAAGGUAAGGCCUGUGGCUAAUGCUUGUGAUGCCGAUAAGCAAAAAUAACAACUGAAAAUAAUGUUCAUCUUUGCUUCAAAUCUAUGAUGAAUUACAACUGAAAUAAAAAACUAUUUCAACCA